CCUUGGGGGUCUUUAAGGGAAAUGUUCUGCUCUUCCGCCCCCUCGUAUGAUUUUCGAAUGUUGCUCUGCCCUGACCCGAAGGCUCGACACCACACGUUUACCGACCGCAUGAGAUGCUUUUUCUCGGGAACGCAUAAAUCGCAACAUUGCAGCCAGGGUAAUGAGCUCACAUUUCCUUACUGUAUUCAGCAUCUCUCAAAUUCAUUUUCCUGCCGAUACUCGAUGAAUACCUAGGUUAGGUAUUGCGCCUCCAAAAAGUAUCUACAUGUACCUUAUGUUCUAACGUAUGAACUUGUAAAUGAAUGGAAAUCAUCUCAGCAUCUCUCGCCUCACACCGCAUUUCCCCUUCCGAGUCCCCUCACCGGUCCUCCCGGAUGCUGUGUUUACCUGCCUACUAUCUGCCUACUACCUAUCUAUUCUACUAACUACUCUACUCUUAUAAAUACCUUAGGUGCCCAAGUAAAAUAGGAGAAGAUCUUCUUCCUCUCCACGGGUCAGCAUCGUCUUCUAAACCUUAGUCGUAACGACAAAACUAGCAAUACGACCGUCAGUUACUAGAUUAAUAGAAACCAUCUUUCAUUCGGUGCUUGAACAAGCAUGGCACCAUCAGUAGAAAGGAGAAGGAGGUUCUCAACAGCUUCCGCACAUCACCAGCGGCGGCUGAGUGAGUUCGCUGCUAAAUACGGGACCUUUGCGCGGGCUCUAACACCGUUGUUUGCUGGUAUCUCAGUUGUGGACAAUGGCGACGGUACUGUGGCGUUGUCCAUUGCAAUCCACGAUCAUACAUAUCUACUCGAUUACAUGGUUGAGCUGUUAAGACUUGAUCCUGUGCAAAAAGACCAAGAUGUCAUCGCGGAUUAUGUAGUGUCUCAGAUACAGAAGUAUGAGCACGAAAACUUCGUCAAGUUCGUCGGUGCCGGGCUCCCUUUAAUUUUAAAGGACAUGAGCCCUACCUUGAAUUCGCGCCUCUGGCUGGAAAUUGAUAUCGUUCCUAUUGACUUCGAUGUCGACCAGUCCGAGAUGUCCUUCUGGAACGAUAAAGAUGUUGAUGAACAAGCCGAUUCGAUGGCACGCAAAUGUGUAAUGGGUUUUGGCCCUUCUCUGGUUCCCAUACUACAAGUCGGCUACCGUGGUGCCGUUAUGAGUGAUGUAGGAUUUAGAGCUCGCUUGACUACCCUUGACGACUACAAGUCAACGUGCACCAAUGGCACAUGGGAUUCGACGAUGUACUUCGCCAAACAGCUGAAGGAUAAGAAAGUCAAAAUUGCCUUCUUCAGCUCAACCCCUCAGGGGGGUGGAGUCGCACUCAUGCGGCACGCGUUGGUGCGAUUUGCCCGUUUGGCAGGCGUUGAUUUGACUUGGUACGUCCCGAAGCCACGUCCGGGCGUAUUCCGAAUCACCAAGAAUAUACACAAUGUUCUUCAAGGCGUUAGUGAGCCGGAGGACCGCAUCUCCCAAGAAGACCAACAGUCGAUUACGGACUGGAUCGCCGAUAAUGCCAACCGUUAUUGGCUCUCUAAAGGAGGUCCUUUGCGCCCCGUUAGUGAGGGCGGUGCCGACAUAAUUGUGAUCGAUGACCCUCAAAUGCCUGGACUUAUACCACUAAUAAAAAAUAUCACGCCAAACCGCCCCGUCAUCUACCGCUCUCAUAUCCAAAUCCGUAGCGAUCUUGUUGCCCAGGAUGGCUCGCCGCAAAAUGAAGUAUGGAAUUUCCUGUGGAACAACAUCCGCCACGCCGAUAUGUUCGUGAGCCAUCCCAUCCCUAAAUUUGUCCCGGACAGCGUUCCCCGCAAUCUAGUCACGUACAUGCCAGCGACCACAGAUUGGCUUGAUGGUUUGAAUAAGCCCAUAAAUGACUGGGAUAGUGGUUAUUACUUGAGGGAUUACAACGAGCAGUGUCAUGCCCAACGCAUGACCCCGUUGAGGCAUCCGGAACGCAAAUACAUCAUACAAGUUGCUCGCUUCGAUCCAGCAAAGGGUAUACCAACGGUCAUAGAUUCGUAUGGUGAAUUUCGUCGGCGUGCUAAAGAAUUGGGGUUGCAAGAUAUCCCUCAGCUUGUAGUCACUGGUAACAGCUCCAUUGAUGACCCAGACGGAAAUUUGAUAUAUGAUAUCGCCACGGAACAGAUCGAGGCGCAUUAUUCAGAUCUUGCGGACGACAUUAGUGUCAUGCGCCUACAGGCCAAUGAUCAGCUUCUCAAUACCCUAAUCGCGAAAGCUCAUGUGGUUCUUCAACUAUCCACGCGAGAGGGUUUCGAGGUUAAAGUAUCCGAAGCAUUACAUGCUGGACGGCCGGUGAUCGCUACUCUAGCCGGCGGUAUACCGAUUCAAGUCAAGGAUAACGUGAACGGCUUUUUAGUCGAGCCCGGUGACUAUAAAGCUGUGGCGCAGCAUCUCAUAGAUCUGUUCACGGAUCAAGACUUGUGGGACCGGAUGAGUCGAGAAGCGAAAAUUGGUGUCAGCGACGAAGUUGGUACAGUUGGCAACGCCCUUUGCUGGUUUCACCUGGCGAAUAAAUUUCACGAUGUUGAAGUCAAGUCAGAUGAGGCCAGGACUUUCGAAGGGCACUGUCGGUGGGUGAACGACCUAGCGCGGGAGGAAGCCGGUCAUCCAUAUGAAAAGGGGGAGAACCGUCUGCCACGACAUUUUACCAACCAAACCGAGUUACCCAGGUUCGCUGAGGGCGAUUUGAAGAUGAAGUUAACCUAGGUUCGUAUAACAUGGGGGGGCGCUUUCUUAUGUGCAAGGGAAUAAGGCCUGGUAUUUUGGAUAGUGGGCGUGAGCAAGGUUCGUUAAGCUGGAAUCUGAUUGUUGUCGUGGGAUCGGUCGAUGUUUUGCCACUCCCUCAGUCCUCCGAUACCCACACACGACUGGUUCAUAGGGGAUAUACACAUGGACGGAUACAUAGUUCUCUAUAAAUUACGGCGUUUACCUA